AUGCUUUUGCUUUUCAUAUUGCUUUUUCCAGAACAACUCAGCCAGGCAGAAUUCGCUUGUUUCUACACAGGCGAGGUGGCUCUUCAACAAGGUUCAACGAGGACUACCGACGUGGACAACGCUGAAGUAGAGCCUUGGUAUCCCAAGAAAAAAGUGUUACAACAGUUACUUACACAUUGUGUUGCAGGCCAAGCAAGACAAACCAGCUCUGUCAUGCCGGAUACGCAUAGAAGCCUCGUUUCAUAGGUGUUUUCCCGUAGGAUUUCUGCAUGACAAGUUUUCUCUCUCAUGCCGAGAAAUUUGUGUUGCUGAAUUGACUACAAAUGUGUAACUGUAACACUUUUUUCCUGGCAUACUUGGAGUUUGGUUAUCCUUACCAACGAGGAGCAGCGGUUAGAACGGCUCAAAGUAGGUGGUACGUCAAAGCAAGUGCUGAAGAAGCGCGGCGCACGACCAGAAUUGUUGUUUUCAACAAGGCCACCUAGAGAGUCCGUCAAACGGGCGGUCGUGUAUGAAUUGCAAAAGCAUCGUACUAGUAUGAAUCCCAUGACAAAUUAGCGCAGCAUGAGAAAUACAAUUUGUCAUGCUGAUUUACCUUGGGAUGGAGAUUUGUAAUGCAUGACUGCGAUUACUACGAGUACGAUACUUUUGCACAGGAUAUCGUGCUCGUGAUGCCAAAACGACCGAUGACAUCAAAGGGUGUUAUCAAAUGCAAACAUGUCUGGGUCUGGAAGGUUGCAACUUGUGAUGCUGUCUUUGGAAGGUAAAAAAGAUCUUUAUUGCAUGACCAGCGAGAGGAGUUCAGUUUGUGCUACGCGGAGUGGGCGUUUCUCAUGCGGAAUACGCAUCAGAAGGCCCCUUAUUAAAAAUCUGUGAUGCUAGGUAAUGCAUUACAGACAUCCUGGGUCAUGCAAAAUAUGCGUCGCAAACCUGGCAACCUUCCAGACCCAGACAUUUUUACAUUUGAUAGGUGUGGAAGGUGAGCAAAAAAGGAUCAUGCGACGAGGAGGACACAACGACGGCACAAGAGGAACUCCUAUCAAAUGCAAACAUCUUCCCUGGAUGUCUGGAAGGAGGUAAGGUCUGUCAUGCUUGUCUGGCAUGAGUAAAGAGUUUGUGAUGCGUGUCCAAGAAAAGACGUUCUCGUUUGUCAUGCAAAAACGCAGUUUGUCACGCGAGAAACGCAACACAAAGCCGCGCAAAUAUUUCUCAUGCUUGGCUGUGCAUUACUACAGAGCAUUCAUUAUUCACAGUUCAGCAUUACAAGUUUCCAGACAUCCAGGGAUAUUUGCAGUUGAUAACUCCUAGCGAUGACGUGCUUGCUGAAGACGAGGAAGAAGAAGCUCGACAAGCUCGCACUUUCUUUGCGAAGGAGCCGGGAUUCCUUGCGACCUGGCACGUAUCCUGUGCAAAAGUAUCGCACUCGCAUUGCAGUCAUGCAUUACAAAUCUUUUUCUUAAGGUAAAUCCGCAUUGCAAAUUUUAUUGCUUAUGCUGAGGAAAUUUGUAAUGCAUUUAUAUAUACGAGUGCGAUACUUUUGCAGUUCAUAGCACAUCGCUAGUGGCGAAGAUGAUAACCGCAGCGGGGCGACGCCCAGCUGUAUCGAAUGCAACAGCAUCGUACUAGAAUAAAUUGCAUUACAAAUGAAAUUUGUAAUGCUGUUUUAUUAACUUAGGAAUGAGAUUUGUCAUGCAUAACAGCAAUUACUACGUGUACGAUGCUUUUGCACAGGUGGCUCUUCAACAAGGUUCAACGAGGACUACAGACGUGGAUUUCAUAAGACCCAACCAGGGAGACGCGACGGUGACGACGACGAGACGAGCCCCUGCUGGGCAUGA